CGUUGUUGGCGUAGACGCGAACGUGACGUGGCUAAUCCAUUUUGGAGACAAAAAGAGGAGCAACAUUAUGAACAUUUAGAGGCUUUAUCCCCUCUAAGACCAUACGAGUACACCGAUUCACGAACUAGUACCGUGGACGUAUAUAAUUUUGUUGUUGGUAAGAGGGAAACUUUGCACGGAGGCUAGCGUAACUGCUAGCAUCCGCACUUUGACAGUUGGAGAGGACGAGACGAGGCGUGCGCUACGACUCGACCAUGUCGGACAGCGAAGCUAGCGCACGCGACGUUCGGGACGCCGAGACGCCCGACGGCUCCCCGCCGACCUCGCCCGACGUGUCGACGGACGUGGCGCCCACCAGGAAAGCCAGGAGGAGGGCGGAGUCUAAAGCCGAAGCGGAGGAGACGCCUAAGCUGGAGGGGCAGCCGGAAAAGGCACCCCGUCAGUCCGCAGUUGCCCAGGGAGGCUGGGGUUACUGGGGCAACUGGGGCAAAACCAUCCUGUCCACCGCCACAGCCACCGUGGCCACUGUGGGCCAGGGGCUGACCCAAGUCAUCGAGAAGGCCGAGACGUCGCUGGGCAUCCCGAGCCCCACCGAGCUGUCGGCCGACGUGGAAGACGGGGAUGAGGACGAUCAGAAAGGAGGCGAGACGGAACGGGCGGCCAGCGAUGGCGCCACGGCGGUGGGCGGUGCCAUGGGGAUGCUCACGUCGCUCAGCAGCGUCGUUCAGAACACCGGUAAGACGGUGAUCAGCGGCGGCCUGGACGCGCUGGAGUUUAUCGGGAAGAAGACGAUGGACGUGAUCGCCGAGGGCGACCCCGGCUUCAAGAAAACCAAAGGGCUGAUGAUCAGGAACUCCACUCUGUCGCAGGUGCUGAGGGAGGCCAAGGAGCGAGAGGAGCUUCGAACGGAGGAGUCGUCGGCCUCAGAGAAGAAGGCGGUGGCUCACUACGGGAUGCUCUUUGACCAAUACCAGGGGCUGGCCCACCUCGAGGCUCUGGAGUUGCUGUCUCGGGAAAGCGAGUCCAAGGUGAAAUCGGUGUUGACAACACUGUCGGGAAAUGAGCAGCAUAAGCUCAGGGACGAGUUGGAGCUCAUCAAGGACGCUUUCUCCAUGACGGAGUUUGACGACGAGGACGUGGACGAGAAGAAAGACCAAGAUGGCUCUGAGUUCGAGGCGGAGCUCGCCCAGGCCCUGGAGGGUCUCAGCGUUUCCGCCACGGCCGAAAAACUCAGCAAGGCUUGUAAAGACGCCUGCUGUGUGAUCGUGGACCUGAGUGAACCGGCGGACGACGACCGGGGCGACGAGGACGAAAGGACCAAACUCACAGUGGCGGAGGUGAAUGCCGCAGCCAUCAGGAGUCUGGCCGAGCUGACGGCGCGCUCCAUUGAGCUUUUCCACAAGUUGGGCGAGAGCCUGCUGCUCUCCAACGGCGGCGUGGAGGCGGACGUCCUGUCACAGCUAACUGUCGUGUUGUGUAAAGAAGUCUCGCUGCUUUCCAAGAAGUUCACCGCCUGUUUAACAGCAACCGGGGUAAACGAGAAGGGAGAAGUCCUCAACCCGCUAAUAACAGGAGUCUUCUUAGAGGCGUCCAACAGCGCGUCGUACAUCCAGGACGCCUUCCAACUCCUGAUGCCCAUCCUGGAGAUCUCACACAUCCAGAGAAGAUCGAACACGCCUGACGCCUGAGAAUGAGACCUGUGUGUUUUUUUUUUGUUUUUUUGUUUUUUUGAUCAUACAGUGUUAAAUAUGUUUUUGGGGUAUGAGUUACACUAUCAACUUUCCACUGCAGAACUAUUAACCACUGAUGCUUGGUAAAUAGCGCCCAUUCAGGUUGUAAACGAAACAAACAAACAAAAGAAAUCCAUCAAGAAUUUCAAAGCUCAGGUGGUCAUAUAUGAAUGAAGCCUCGUGGUCAGGUCAUGUGUGGAGCGGCAUUGCAUUCAUCUAUGUGAAGUGCUUUAAAAUAAAAU